AUGGUGUGGCGAGACCGUGUACCGCGGCCAUUGUCGCAGUGUUCGCUGCUCGCGUCGCAGCAGCAGCACGCACGCGACCACACGUCGGACGCGCGCCUCCGCAUCGAUGCCAAAGUACUCGUCAUCGUCGAGUCGGCCUACUCGCGUCUCGGACGAGACAACUCCGAACUGCUUGUCGCCAACCGAAUUCGAGGAAGUUUAGGACUUACCGUGAAAAAGCAAUAUGAGACAGCCCUCAGAACUCUGCUGCCAACGGCGCUUGUUCAUGAACUGUUUGACGACUUAGGAAUUAGUUUCUCAACAAUAUUUUUGAUGCGACUCAAAAUAGCUUUGGUUGAUGGUGCUAUAUAA